GCUAUUGCAGUGGAGCAGAGGAGCUUGACGGCUGUAGAGAUAAAGAAGAGGAAGAGAGAAGACAAGGGAAGCGCAGACUGCUGGAAAUCCUGACUUCAGCAGUAGCCUAAUUUUCACCACAACAAAGGAUCUUCAUGAUGCUGAGGAAGGGAUCGGAGCUGCUCAGGGGAGACAGAGAGGUCCUCCUGGAUCUGGACACCAGGACUGAAACACAAACCACAGACAGCUAUGGGAGUCUGCAGAAUGGGGGCUUCAUCCCACCACGAUAUUUUUUUGCAGCAAAUGCUGAUGAAGGCACGGGUGGCAAUACUCACUGUUACACAAAAAGUAACCAACCAGUUGCUCAGCUGGGGAAUUACUUCAGAGAUGGAAGAACUAAAAUUGACUUUGUCCUGGUGUGGGAGGUUCGCUCGCGUAGGAAGCGACGAGGAAAGGGGAAGAACGAGGUGACCACUGAAGAGGGGGAGACGGUUCCUACUGAGGAAAACAGCAGGUCUGAGCGAAAGAAAGCACAGCUGGCACAGUGGAGGGAGAAGUUUGUUCAGAAUCUGGAGAGUGUUGGAUUGCUCAUGGAAAAGGAAGAAACAGCAAAUGAAAAGAAAACAAUCCAUUUCCUUAAAAUUAGUGCCCCCUGGGAUGUGUUGGUGUGUUAUGCUGAGGAACUUUGCCUUAGAGCUCCGUUACAGGCACAACCACAUCUGGACCUGAACACAUCUUCUCGGGUACUGAGUAGACUAUGCAUACCUAACGCAAUGAUGGAGUCGGUGCCAAACCGGCCGCUGGACUAUUACACAUGUGCCUUUCGUAAGUCAAAGAUGAACAGAUUCCUUGGCUGUGGAGACCAGGGAACAUACUUCACUAAUACACAGAGACACCGUGUUGUGUAUGAGAUUCUCGCCAGGACAGUGUACGGCAAAAGGAAGAGGGCUGAGGUUGGUGUUGACAGGCUGGUGAAUGAGGGGGCCUACACAGCAGCUUUCCCCCUGCAUGAGGGUCCUUUCCAGCUUCCAAAAUAUGGGAUUCACCCUGAUGAGCUGAACCAGAGGCAGGUUCUGUACCACUACUGGGCCCGCUGGUGCAAAUGGUACAAGUAUCAGCCACUAGACCACAUCAGGGAGUACUUUGGAGAGAAAGUUGCACUCUACUUUGCCUGGCUGGGUUUCUACACAGCCUGGCUGCUGCCAGCUGCAGUAGUUGGAACCCUGAUCUUUGUGUCUGGAGUCAUGUCCAUGGGUAACAACACACCAGCAAAGGAAAUCUGUAGCAGUGGAGUUAGUUAUCGCAUGUGUCCACUCUGUAAAACAUGUCAGGCCUGGAACAUGUCUGAAAUCUGCACCAUGGCUAAGUUGGGCUAUUUAUUUGACCACCCAGGUACAGUUUUCUUCAGUGUGUUCAUGUCCUUCUGGGCUGUAACCUUUCUGGAGUACUGGAAGCGGAAGAUGGCCACACUGGCCCACCACUGGGACUGCAUGGACUUCCAUGAAGAAGAGGAGCGUCCUCGGCCAGAAUUUGCAGCCAUGGCCCCAACUAUGGAGCAAAAUCCAGUGACUGGGGUCAAGGAGCCCUACUUUCCAGAAAAGACCAGGCUGUCUCGCAUGUUCACUGGCUCCAUGGUCAUCAUAAUGAUGCUGUGUGUCGUGAUGAUCUUCCUGGUGACAGUGGUCAUGUGCCGUGGUAUCAUCAGUGUGAUGAUGUUUCAUACUGGGAGCCCUGUGCUGCGUACAGAGGCAGGCACCAUAGCGAACAUCUCCAGCAGUAUUGUCAAUCUGGGUCUGAUCCUGCUGAUGGGGCGUGUCUACACUGCUUUAGCUGAACAGCUCACUAAAUGGGAGAUGCACAGAACGCAAACCCAGUAUGACAAUGCUUUCAUCUUCAAGGUGUUCAUCUUCCAGUUUGUCAACUUCUACUCAUCUCCCUUCUAUGUUGCUUUCUUUAAAGGAAGGUUUGUGGGCUACCCUUCAAACUAUGGAACCUUGUUUGGGAUGAGAAAUGAAGAUUGUGGUCCUGGGGGUUGCCUCAUUGAACUGGCUGAACAGCUCUUCAUCAUAAUGGUGGGAAAACAGCUCAUCAACAACAUUCAGGAGUUCAUUAUACCUAAAGUAAAGGCCUGGCGCCAGAAGAGAACUUUGGCCAAGGUUAUUGGGAGUAAGGUAUCCCAUGAGCCUCGGCGCUGGGAGGAAGACUACCAGCUGGUGGAGUGUGAGGGCCUGUUUGAAGAAUACCUGGAGAUGGUGCUCCAGUUUGGGUUCAUUACCAUCUUUGUGGCAGCAUUCCCACUCGCUCCACUCUUUGCCCUCCUCAAUAACUGGGUGGAGAUCCGUCUGGAUGCCCACAAGUUUGUGUGUGAAUAUCGCCGUCCGGUGGCUGAGCGAGCUCAAAAUAUUGGAGUCUGGUUCAACAUACUGGAAGCCCUGUCUCACCUGUCUGUCAUAGCUAAUGCUUUCCUAAUAGCUUUCACAUCAGAUUUUUUACCUCGUCUGCUCUACCAGUACAAGUUUGAUAAUGAUCUCAAUGGAUAUGUCAACUUCACCUUGGCUUAUGCUCCACUAAAUUACACAGAGUACCCCAUGUGCAGAUAUAAAGCUUUCAGAGACAACAAUGGAAGCUACACGCUGUUCUACUGGGAACUCCUUGCUGUCAGACUUGGUUUUAUCAUUGCGUUUGAGCAUGUUGUGUUCUUUGUACUGCGAGCCAUUGACUGGAUUGUACCUGAUGUCCCUGAGUCCCUGGAGCUGAAGAUCAAGAGGGAGCGUUUCCUGGCUAAGCAAGCUCUUGCUGAAAACCAGGAGGCCCUGUUGGUGAGUCGAGGCCGAGGGGCCAACCCUGAAACUCCAGGCACCUCCAGCCCAGCUGGAUAAGGACAGCAAGCGACACAUCCUUUGGAAACAUGAGUUAGGAGUUCAUCAAGGAAAAGGAGUGGUGGGAGGGAAUUCUGGAGGAAUAAAAGAAGCUCUUUUGCA